AUGGCGCUCGAAGCUCGCUGCGGAGCGAUGGAGUUGCAAGUGGACGAAUUGGAAAAGGGCUGGGUCCUGAUGAACGACAAGAUCGAGGCAGUUAUCAAGCGUCUGCCUAAGAGACCAGGCAUCAACGGAGAUCAGCUUCGGGCGGAGGUAAGGUCCAUCGACACCAAGCUGACCACCACGUCCAUGAAGCUGGUGGAUGAGAAGACCCUCCUCCGCAGGAAGGAUAACAUCAAGGCCCGCCUCAAAGACCUGGCCGCCUACGAAUUGGCCCAGCAGGACGUGCAAGCACUAAAGGACCAACGCGCCGUGUUGUUCGCAGAAAAGCGCGACAAGACCGCACAGAUGGCCGAAAUGAGACAGGGGCUCCGCCGCUUGCGGCUGGCAGAUCGCCUCGGCGUGGCCCCACGUGAUCUAGCCCAGGAGAGCAUCGAGGUUCCCCGCGAGGCUACCGGAAGAGUGAUCGGGAAGAAGAGGGCGGCGCUUACGCAGCUGGAGGAAGAGUGCAGGGUCUCAAUCGUCACGGAGAACGUCAGCGGUACCCGCGAGGGAGUCGAGGAAGCCCGGCGCAGGCUCGACAUCACCAUCCGCACGACGGAGGCGGUGGUGAAGGCCUCGCCCCCGCUCGCCGCCGCCCUCCGCGCGUCCAAGCGCGCCCUGCUGCUCCGCCUGGAGAAGGAGCACGGCGUCAAGAUCUUCAUCGUCGGCCCCGCCGCCGCCGCCGCCGCCGCCGUUGAUGGCGAUGGCGGCGGCACCGGUGCUGCCGGAGAUAGCGGCAAAGGUGGUGGUCGCGCGGAGCAUCAGUCGCGUGGUAGAGGAGACGGCGGGGCGAGGGCGGCGGCGCGGGGACAGGUGGCCGUGGACGUGACGGUCUGCGGGUUGCCGAAGGAAAUCGACGCGGCGCGGGCGGAACUGGAGGGCCUCGAUUGCCUGGAACUUGCUGUACCCGUCACCCGAAAGUCUUUGCCUUCCAUCUUCGGCUCCGGGGGUGCCAACCUCCAGCAGAUGGAGUCGGAGUACGGCGUGUGCUUGGACGUGCAGACGGGUGUGUCCCGGGUGGUGUUGAUGGGGGUUCGAGCAGGUGUGGAGGCGGCGGCGGAAAAGAUCCGAGCGAUAUCCCACGAGUUCCGGGACACGGAGGAGCGGUGGCCGGUGGAGCCGUACCAGGUCUCCUUCCUACUCCGCAACCGCGGAGCGGAGCUCAAAGGCAUGGCCCACCGGGUAGGGGGUGGCGUCAUGAUGACCAUCCUCGAGGAGGCCAACACCAAGGCGCCGGCGGCGGCGCCCACGUUGCCCGCGGCAUCGCUCUCGGAAGGAGAAGGGGAGGAGAUCAAUGAAGCCCGCCACCCGCCAGAGGAGGAGGUGGAGGAGGUGGAGGAGGGAGGGGGGGGGAGUCAGAGCACGACGUCGUUCGUCUGGGUACGGGGUACGGCUCCGAGGGUGUCGGCGGCCGGCGUGCUGCUGCUGGAGCGCUUGAAGGCCGCCGAGCGCCUGACGGCCAAGGUUGCCGUCCGGGAGGAUGUCGUGUCGACCUUUGUCGGCCACGCCGGGUCGGAGAUACGGAAGCUGCGGCGCCUCUGCGUCGGGUGCGACCUCGGGCUGUCGCCGGCGACAGACGGCGUGGCUGAGGUGUUGCUGCUGGCGGAUGACGAGGCUAGGCUCGCCGCCGCCGUCGGCCUGGUCGAGAAGUGGGUCCAUCACCAACAGAUUUUCUAG